CUGUUGUAUAAAAGUAUAGUGCAUACAAUUAUGUACAGUAUAUGUUACUUGAUAAUAAAUGACUAUAUUACUGGUACAUGUAUUUACUUUUUAUCUUUAUUUUAGGGUGUAAUAUUUCUGCUUAAUAAAAGUUUGGUAUAAAACAGUAUGGUGUGUUAUCCUGGCAGCAGCCUCAUACAUCUUGUACUUAACCAUGUCUCUUGAUUGCAUCAUUUUCUUUUGUGCUUGAUUUAAUCUCAUGUUUCAUACAGUAACAUACUGUACAGGCUUAUAGCCUAGGCAUGUAGUAGGCCAUAUCAUCUAGGUUUGUGUAAGUGUACUCUAUGAUGUUCGCACAAUGACAAAGUUGCCUAACGGUGUGUAUGAUAAUGCACUUCACAGAACAUACCCCUGUUAAGCAGCAGGAGACAGUGUAGCUUCUAUGAAAAUAUGCGUUUUCAUAUAUUUGGUACUUGACAGUGUAUGGGGUCAGGACCUGAAUUUUGAGUGAAAUGGCAAUGUUUGUAAAUUUUAUAACUAAAACACCUGAUGAAUAAUUAAAACUAUUGACUCAAACAACAUAGGGGUUAGAGGCAGCAACCCCCUCCCCUUUGCAGUCAAAAAUCUGCAUAUAACUUCUGGCUCCCUUUAAACUUUAUUUAGAAGUACAUGAGUGAUUACUGAUAGGAAAAUCAAGAGGUUUGUGCGUGAAUUACUGAGCACUAAAAGGAUAUUUGAAUUUCUUCAGAACAGGAAUCAUACUAGGUGAAAUGUGCUAUUUAGAAUUUGGCUAGUAUUGUUUUCAUGAACCCACAGGGUUCUUGAAGAUGAGACAUAACACUUUUGAGAAACCCUUUCAGGCAAGAUGUAAUAUAAAAGUUUAUUACUGACACAUGCUAGCUAUUAUCCAGGAGAUGUAGAAGUAGUUUUCGAAGUUUUAGGUGUAUAAGACUUUGUGUAUUUGUAGUUGUCUGAAUAGAUUUCUUUAAUAUCCCUUGUGUCCUAGCCCAUAAUAUGGGUUGGUUUUUGGAUUCCAGAUGAACAUGGAUUCAAAUUCUGACUUUAAAGUAGGGAUUUUUUUUAAAGAUUGAGAUGUUUAAAUCUUGCUGUAAAUGCUACGUUUCAACACUCCCCCUCCCGCCCUCACCCCAAGUGUCACUCCACUUUAAUGCUAGGAUUUCAGCUUUGUGUUUGAGUCUUUUGCUUUCUCUUUGUAGAAGGAAGGGCUUUGCUCCUAUUUAUUUCCUGUGUAGUGUCUUUAGCAUUUUCCAUUUCUUGGAUUUUUUCUUUGCUUUCAGCUGUGUGAAGAUGUUCUUUAUCUUUUAAGAAAAAUGUUCUUUACUUGAUCUUUUUUCUUGUUUCUCUCUUUGCCGUACUGUAUGUAUACAUGGCCUGCUGAUUUUAUUCCAUUUACUUUCAAAGAUUUGAUUGAUUAUGUUAAAAUGUAAUUUUGCUUUUCAAUCAGAUUUUGCUCUCUAGACAUUGAUUCACAGUUGUACUCAUUUGUAACAAAUAUGGUGAUUUUGGUUUUGUUUUGUUUCUAUAGACUCACAUUUCUAGUAAAAACUCAGAGCUCAGUUGUGCUGCUCUACAAGCCUUGGGAUUUUGCUUGUAUAAUACCAAAAUUACCUCAGGAUUAUCAGGUAUCCAGUAUAAUUGAUUCAUUAGAAGUAGUAUUUAAUAGAGGAGAGAUACAUUCUGCUGUUGUUGAUUAUGAAGCAUUAAAUGUCAUCAUAAGGCUAAUGGAGCAAGCCCCAGUUCAAAUGGGAGAAGAGUCAGUUAGGUGGGCAAAACUGGUCAUACCUUUAGUUGUUCAUUCAGCCCAAAAGGUACAUUUGCGGGGAGCGACUGCAUUAGAGAUGGGAAUGCCCUUGUUGCUUCAGAAACAACAAGAAAUAGCAUCUAUCACAGAGCAGCUUAUGACUACUAAGUUACUUUCAGAACUCCAAAAGCUAUUUAUGAGUAAAAAUGAGACUUAUGUUUUAAAAUUAUGGCCUUUGUUUGUCAGACUUCUUGGGAAGACUUUGCAUCGAAGUGGGAGUUUUAUUAAUUCCCUACUACAGCUGGAAGAACUGGGAUUUCGUAGUGGAGCACCCAUAAUUAAAAAAAUUGCUUUUAUUGCUUGGAAGAGUUUAAUAGAUAAUUUUGCAUUAAAUCCAGAAAUACUAUGUAGUGCGAAAAGACUGAAGUUGUUAAUGCAGCCUUUGAGUUCCAUCCAUGUGAGAACAGAAGCUUUAGCACUAACAAAACUGGAAGUCUGGUGGUAUUUGCUAAUGAGACUUGGACCUCAUCUACCUGCUAAUUUUGAACAGGUUUGUGUGCCCCUGAUUCAGAGCACAAUACGCAUUGAUACUAAUGCUUCACCUCAUUCAUCUCGUGUAGCUAGUUCUCCAGGCUUAAAUCCUAUGACCCCUCAACAUAAAGGUGCUUCCCCAUAUGGAGCCUCUGUAACUCCCCGGAUGAACUUGAGUUCGAAUUUCGGUGUAAUGGCCACAAUUCCCUCUAUUCAGCUUUUGGGACUUGAAAUGUUACUUCAUUUUUUUUUGGGUCCAGAAAUUUUGAGUUUUGCUAAGCAAAACAAACUUGUAUUGAGCUUAGAGCCACUCGAACAUCCAUUAAUCAGCAACUCUUCUUUUUUUUCCAAAUAUGCAAAUACACUUAUCACUGCUGUUCAUGAUAGCUUUGUUGCAGUUGGAAAAGAUGCUUCUGAUGCAGUUGUCAGUGCUAUCUGGAAGGAGCUAAUUAACUUAGUGAAGUCAGUUAUUGAAUCAGGUAACAAAAAAGAGCGACCAGGUUCUGAGGUUUUGACCCUCUUAUUAAAAUCUUUGGACACCAUAGUGAAAUCAGAAGUAUUUCCUAUAUCGAAAACACUGGUCCUCAUGGAAAUUACAAUUAAAGGACUUCCUCAGAAAGUGUUAGGUUCACCAGCAUAUCAGGUUGCUAAUAUGGACAUUCUUAAUGGAACUCCUGCUUUGUUCUUAAUUCAGUUAAUUUUCAAUGAUAAUCUCUUGGGAUAUGGUGUAGAAGAUGAAAGGUUUUUUCUUAAUCUGGAAAUACUUGUAGGUUGUGUUCUUUCUGGUCCAACUUCACCACUAGCUUUCAGUGAUUCUGUUUUAAAUGUUAUUGAUCAAAAUGCAAAGCAGUUGGAGAACAAGGAACAUCUCUGGAGAAUGUGGAGUAUUAUAGUCACCCCAUUAACUGAAUUGAUUAAUCAGACCAAUGAAGUAAAUCAAGGUGAUGCCUUAGAACAUAAUUUUAGUGCCAUCUAUGGUGCAUUGACUUUACCAAUAAAUCAUAUUUUUUCAGUACAGAAAUUUCCAGUGGCCACCAUGAAAACCUUACUUAGAGCUUGGUCGGAAUUAUAUAGAGCAUUUGCCCGCUGUGCUGCUUUGGUGGCAACUGCAGAAGAGAAUUUGUGCUGUGAGGAGCUUUCUUCCAAGAUAAUGGCCUGUUUGGAAGAUGAAGACUCUUCAAAUUUAUUAUUUUUGGAUAGAACCAUUCAUAUUAUUACGGUAAUGGUUGAUUGCAUCGACUUCUCACCAUAUGAUAUUAAAAUUCAAUCCAGAGUUAAAUCACUGAAGAGACCUUCGGAUUGGUCCAAAAAGAAGAAGGAGCCUCUGGGAAAAUUGGCUUCUUUAAUUAAACUUAUUGUGAGAGUCAUCUAUUCUUUUCACACUCUGAGCCUCAAGGAAGUACAUUCUGAUACUCUCCUCGCUGUCGGCAACUCAAUCACCAGCAUUCUUUCCAAUGUACUUGGACAUAUUUCUUUGCCUUCCAUGAUUCGAAAAAUAUUUGCAACUUUAACAAGACCUCUGGUAUUAUUUUACAAAAACUCAAAGCUUGGUGAAGUUCCUAAAGUGUAUAGUUGUAUGAACAAUAAGUUAGAAAAGCUACUAGGAGAAAUGAUUACUUGUCUACACUUCAGCUACACUGGAACUUAUGACAGUGAACUACUUGAACAGAUCUCCCCAUUAUUAUGCAUAAUGUUUUUGCACAAGAAUAAACAGAUUCGAAAACAGAGUGCUCAGUUCUGGAAUGCCACAUUUGCUAAAGUGACAAUGUUGAUUUAUCCUGAAGAGUUAAAACCAGUACUAAAAGAAGCCAAACAAAAAAAUUUGCUUCUGUUGCCUGGUUUGGAAAAUGUUGACAUUUUGGAGGAAUCCAGUGGACCGUAUUCAGAUGCAACAGAAAAUUCACAAUUAAAUAUGAAGAUAAGUGGCAUGGAAAGAAAGUCAAGUGGAAAAAGAGAUGUUUUUCUGACACAACCAAAGGGUACAAAAGAAAAGAUGAAAUCACCAGCCAACUUGAAACUAGAAUCUUCAUCCCCCAAAACAAAGAGUGAAAUGCCUUUGGAAGAAGAAAAGUCUAUUGAAUUUGUGUUUAUACCUCCAGAAGGAAAUGAAGCAAAGGAAAGAAUACUAACUGAACAUCAGAAAGAAGUACUCAAAACAAAGAGGUGUGAUAUUCCUGCCAUGUAUAAUAAUUUGGAUGUUUCACAAGAUGCAUUAUUUUCUCAGUAUAGUCAGGAAGAGCCUAUGGAAAUUCCUGGUUUACCUGAAAAAUCAAAGGAAGAUUCCAAGAUGAUAUUUAAGGAGGAAGAAAUGAAGAGUGACAUUCCCAUUACUCAAGAUGUUACAGAAAACUGUGGUAUGGAAGAACAUCUUGAAAAGACUUCCCUUUCAAAUAAUGAGUGUGGUUCUGUUGAAAAAACCAGUCUAGGAAUACUGAACAAUAAUGAUGAUGCCAGGAAAAAGGCUUUAAUUUCAUCAAAGAAAAUGUCAACUGAAUGUGCAUGUAGUGCAGAAAACACUUCUGGUGCCAGCAGUAGCUCAGUUUCUAAGGCUACCAUUCCUGGAACACUGCCACAGCCUGCAAGUCGAAGGCAAAACUUCAUUACUUUGGAAAAGUUUGAUGGUUCAGAAAACAGACCUUUUAGUCUGUCCCCCUUGAAUAAUAUGUCAUCAGCUGUUAUAGUGAAAAAUAACCAAGAAAGCAUGACUAAAACAGACAUUCCACUAAAAGCAAAGAAAAGAGAAGUGGCUCUUUCAAGAUCUGACUCUGAAAAGGCAGUGCAUGGGAAUAAGCGAACAGGCCUAAGGUCCAGUAAAGCUGAACAAACAGGGAAUAAAAGAUCUAAGCUGUUAAUGAGAUCUGAUCAGGAGAAAAAUACUCAGGAACCAGUUGAAGGCUUGGUAACCUUAGAAAGUAGUAACACAGCUGGUUUGCUUAAUCAAACAGAAUGUGUGUUAGAUAAUCAGACUUCUCUCUCUGAACCUGUAGUGGAACGUGAAGAUGCAAUGCCUAAACAAACAAUAGAAAAUGCUUUAUCAGAAAACAAUACUGUAGAGGAGAAAACCUUAGGAAGUAAUUUGGAAUCCAAAGAAAAUACACCCCCAGCCAUAAUACCGUUGGAUCAAAUGGUAAAUGAAGAUAGUCAUGUUCAGAUAACUCCAAAUCAGAAAACCCUCAGACGAUCUUUAAGGCGACGUUCAGAUAUAUCAGAGGCUACCAGUGAUAGCCAAGAUAAGGAAAAUAAUCACCAAAAAAAGGAAAAACGUAAGGAUUCCUCAGAGCCCUCAGUCUUUUCCUCAGAAAAGACUCCUCAGAAGAGUCCAUUACAUGUAAAAGAUGAUGUGUUACCUAAGCCAAAAGUGACUCCUGAACAAAAUGUACAGGAAAGUUUAACUGAGAAAGAUACUUUACAUCAGAAGACUUUUGGGGAAACUAGCAGUAAUAUUGAAAUUGACAAAAAUAGAAGAAAACCAGACCCUGAGAAUAUUAAAUCUGAGGGAGAUACUGCCCAGGACAUUACAGAUAAGUCCUUUGAGAAACCAGUACGGGGACGAACACGUUAUCAAACAAGAAGAGCAUCCCAGGGUUUACUUUCCAGCAUUGAGAACUCUGAAUCUGAUAGUUCUGAGGCAAAGGAAGAAGGUUCUAGAAAGAAGAGAUCUGGAAAAUGGAAAAACAAAAAUGGUGACAGUGUUGACAUUGAAGAUAAAGAAGAGAAAACAGAAAAACAGGAAUGUGUAAAAAUUGAAAAUCAGACACAUGAUUAUAAAGCAAAUUCUGAGGUGGACAUAAAUAUAAAAUCUCAGAUUUGUGAAAAAGAUGAAAGUAAUACUGUAGUUCUUCAAGAUUCUAUUCUACCCUCAGAUUUAUCUCAAGUUUGUGAUCUGUCGAAUAGUUAUGAAGGAAAAAGUAAAAUGAACAAAUGUGCAGAACUUUCCUUUUCAAAUUCUUCUGUAGCAGAAUUGAAUUUAAGGACUAGAAAUGCCAGUAAGAGAUUAUAUAAACGAGAUUCCAUAGAAAAUAACAGUGUGGAAGAAUGCUCAAAAAUAGGGAUAUCGGACAUUUCUUUGGCUUCUGAAAAAAUUUUUCAAGCACCUGAGUGCCGACACAAGAGAAGUAGGAGGGUUAGAAGAUCUAAAGGUUGUGAUUGCUGUGGAGAAAAACUAAAACCUCAAGAAAAGUCACCUCUUGGAUUAACUAAUACAGAAAAUUACAAUGUAAAGGUCAGUGAAACCAAAAAGAUAGAUGUGCAAACACCUCUGACUGUAUCAGAGACUUCUAAAGUUGAUAUGUACUCUGAGGUUAAAAUUUUAGAUGAGCAUCAUAGUGUGAAUUUUCAUUUGGGUCUCAAGGAGGAGAACGAUACUGUUAAUGAUUCAUUAAUUGUACCUGAAAUUGAGUUGAAAGAAAAUAAUCAGUACUCUCUUCCUUCUGAAAUAAUAAAUUUUAAAGAAGAAGCUUGUGAUAUGGAUUCUGAGAAAGCAGUAGCUGUUGAAAGCCAAGAGCCAUCCAAUAAAAAAUGUAAAACUGUUGACCCAUGUUUAGGUGAUUCCAAAGAUAGUUCACCAGAAAGUUCUACUUUGGAGACCAAAGAAGGAAAGCCAGAGGCUACUGGGAAAAGGGACAUAAGUACAGAGAACAUUGUUAAUGUUGAAGCAGAUGCAUGUAAAGUAAAAGGAGAAUUUAGUCCAGAAGAAGUAGAAGCUGUGGAAUUAGAUGUGGAAUGUGAUAAUAAAUCAGGAGCUAGCUUCUCUGAACAAAAGAAUGCCAAAGCUGGUAUUUUUAAGGAAGAGGCAACAGAGGAAAAGAAGAAAAGAAGCGAUGAAUCUGAAGUAGGUGUAGCUGAAGUACUGAAUGCUGAAGAAACAGUGAGUGAGGAAUUUAAUUCAGCCAUUGGUCAUCCUGAUAAUAUCACACCUGUAAAAGUAAGAGCUCACAUCGAGGUUUCUGAACAAAUAGCAGUUGGGGGACUACAUGGAGGAAAUGGUGAACCGGAUACAGGCUCAUCUGAAAUGGAAAAUUGUGAAGGAAGAGUGGUUGAUGAGGUGAAUGCUAAAACUGAUCAUAUUAGUGAAAUGGAGACCGGGGACUUGACUACAGAAGCAUCAAAGCCUGUAGAAGCAGAAACAAACGGAAUGAAUAUAGAAAUUGACAGUUUUGUUCCUGACACCCUUGAGACAAGCACUGAAGAAGGAAAGGUUAAUUAUAAUAACACUGAAACAAACAUUGUACUUAAUAAACCUGAAGAAACAAAAUUAGAUGACAGUCAAAUGAAAGUGGAAAAUAAUGGUGAAAUUUUAUCAGAAGUUCACCAUACUUCAGAGAAAGUGAAGGAAACAUCACAAUCACUGACAUCUGAAAGAGCAAUCUCUGGGCUGAUAACAGAAGACAAUAAUACAUCUCCUCAAAAAUUAAAUGAAUUUGAUCCUUUCCUUUUGUCAGCAACUGACAGUCCUAGCAGUAUGCAGACACGCUGUUUCUGGUCUCCUUCGGCCUCUCCAUCCAGCAGCAUUUUAAAGAGAGGACUGAAAAGACCUCAAGAAGAUGAGAUCUCAUCGCCUAUUCACAAGGUUCGCCGUGUCUCAUUUGCAGAUCCAAUAUAUCAAGCAGGAUUGGCAGAUGACAUUGAUAGGCGAUGUUCUAUUGUUAGGGCGCAUUCUUCAAAUAGUUCUCCCACAGUAAAAAGUGUUAAAACUUCACCUACUGCACAAUCUAAGCAUAAUACUACUACAAGCAAAGGAUUUCUGUUCCCAGGAUCACGUAGCCCUAAAUUUAAGAGCUCAAAGAAGUGUUUAAUUACAGAAAUGGCUAAAGAAUCCAUACCAUGCCCCACAGAAAGUAUUUACCCGGCUUUAGUGAACUGUAUGGCACCAGUUGACAUCAUUUUACCUCAGAUUACGUCAAACAUGUGGGCAAGAGGACUGGGACAACUCAUUAGAGCCAAGAAUAUAAGAACAAUUGGUGAUUUGAGUACUCUUACAGCAUCCGAAAUAAAAACACUUCCUAUUCGUUCUCCAAAAGUGUCCAAUGUAAAAAAGGCUCUCAGAGUAUAUCAUGAGCAACAGGUGAGGUCUCGUGGAUUAGAAGAGAUUCCUGUUUUUGAUAUUUCUGAAAAAAAUGUAAAUGGAACCGAAAAUAAACCUCUCUCUUCUGAUGAAGACAGACUUGCUUCAGAUUUAAUUGAUCCUGUUGCUUUAGAGACUCCAUUAUCUAAAAAUCUUGUGGCACAGGUUAGUGCACUUGCUCUUCAGCUGGAUUCAGAGGAUCUCCAUAAUUACUCAGGAAGCCAAUUAUUUGAAAUGCACGAGAAACUUGGUAACAUGGCAAACUCUAUAAUAAAAAAUCUGCAGUCACGUUGGAGGUCACCAGCCCAUGAUAAUGUUAUUUAGUAUUUUAAGAGAAAAUUGAAGGUUUUUUUAAUAUCACUGAAUUUCUUGAUUUAUAAAAUGCUUUAAAAUGUAGCAUCAUUUCAGACUGAACAUUUGCAAAGUUGGUAACAUUUUAGAACCUGAAGGGAGAUAGCUUAUGUUCAUUAUGUAAGGUCAUUUGUUUUUUCUGUAGUAUGUAUUUUCUUGGCUGCUAUGCAUACUUUUUCAAACAUUUACAUAUUGUAUCGAAAUGUGAAGAUAAAACUAGAAACAAGAAUACAUUUAUUUCACUUAAACUCAUGCAUAUUCUGAUGACACAUUUUCUGUAAACCUUAUUUGAAGUGAAAUUGAAAUUAUUUGGGUUUUUUCCCCUUGAACUGAUAAAAGGUGUUUAUACUUGAUUUUUUUGUUUUAUUUAUAUUUGUUGUGCCUGAGGUUUAAGAAAUUUGUUCUUGGUAAAACACCUUAUAUCCUAGGUAAAAGAAUUAGAAUAUUUUCACAGAUGUCAACUUUGGACAACUUUCAAGGAAAAUACCAAAACGUUCAGCUUUUGGGUUAAAGUAUUAGAGCAGAAUUUACUUACUGAGAUGUUCAUUUAUUUGCAUUAGCAAAUAUUUGUGCAGCACCAUUUGCCUGUGAAAAUGUACUCAUGAGACAUAGUAUUCAUUUUAAAGUGCAUGACUACUUGUACAUUCUGUAUAAAUUACAGUGUUUUUAAUUUAUAAAUUUCAGCUUACAUUAAUUGUGUGACUUUCUGUAGCUUCUUGUGAAUACCUUUGUUUUGUUUAAUAGAGACAUAUUUUGUAUAUAUUAGGUACUGAUAUAUCAGUAUGGGCUAUGGAAGUGCUUCAUGGACUUGCUGCAGAUGUUUGUAGGAUUCUCUAUUUACAAAUAAAACAGCAAAUAGUUUUGUACUUAGUAAAUACUCUUAGUUAAAACAUGAGUUUAUUUUCUAAAGUAACCAGAAUGGGUCAAAUUAUAGAAAUAUGAGAGCGUUACAUGACAAGUUUGCUAUUUGUAGAUACACUUUUUAUCCUUUUGGUUUGGAAGAGGGUGUCAGCCCCUAGGAAGCAUGCCUCAUUACAUUUCUUUUUAAUGGAGAGUUAGAAUAUUUUCAUUACAACGCAGACUAUAAAAAAUGUCAAAUUUAUCUGCUCUUUUCACCUGCACCUAAAGCAAACUUGGAAGAAAUCUAAAACUCCUUUGAAAUAUGUAUGUUUUGCCUCGUUUAAAAAAAAUAGGGUGUAUGUAAUUAUAAAACAUUCAUAAAUUUUACUGACUAGAUUAGUGCCUCACUUCCCAUAUUUGUUCUGACUUUUUAAAUAAUGGCAGUAUCUCUAAUUUAUUCUCUGAGUAGAAGGAAUGAGCAAUCUCAUUUUCAUACUGGGUUCACAGCUAGCCCCUACUUGAAAACGCACACAGUAUUCCAAGUUAUAGAAAGUCUAAUCCUUGUGUGUAAUUUAGCUCCUAUAUUCAGAAGGGGACCACCAUCCAGCCACAAUAAAAGGGUCUUUUGUAAUUAUAAAUCCAUUAUCAUUACAAAUAUUUUGGAAUCUAACUUUAAUAACUAUAUACCAAGGAUGGUUUUAAAAGCAAUUCCGGGAAAUUGAACUGAGGAUUGUAACUUGAAGUAACUAAUGAAAAAUAAGAAUAUUUUUAACAGAAUUAUAAUUGCAGCUUAUAUUGUCUGUUAUUGCACAAAUGAUGUAUGACAGUAAAGAGGCAUAUACGUUUUUAGUGGACAAGUGUAUAUGUGUGUUUGGAGGAGUCAUUUAUCUCAUAACUACAUAUUUUAAUAUUUGUGUGAACCUAACUUACUUGUUGGUAGAAUUGAAGGUCUUUGGGGAGGUGAAGAGUAUAGCAGAAAGCCGGACCAAAGUGAUUAACAUUUAUUACUUAGAUCAUUGAAUUUGAUACAAUCACAGGUAUUAAUUGAAAAGCAUUGUGAUUCAACAGCAACAUAUUUUAAAAUAUUUGAGGGCAAAAACUGUUAGCUAAGUCUUUAUCGUUGAUAUAAAUGUAUCUUUGAGGAACCUUAUGUUCAAUAUUCUUGCCUUAAAAUUUUCUGCAAAUUUUUCCCUGAAUGAUUCCUGAAUAGCAAAAUGCACUAAUGUUCUUUGAUUAGCUCCAUUGUGUUGUUUCACUAUUAAAGUGAAAUCACCUUUGGCAGAUAUUUUCUAAAUGGUUAAUAAAACAAAUGACAAUUAUAAUAGCACUCAGAUGUGAUCUCUUACUAUGCAUUUAUUAAAAGAAUCUAGUUGCAUGCAGAAGCAUUGUAUAAUUUUUUAUGUUCCAAAAUGGAUUUCAUAGUGGAUUUAAAUUUUCAGUAUUUCAAUGAGCCCAUUAAAAAUUCUCUGCUACUUGAACAAGUUUGAAAGCCACUGUUGAACAGUGCGUGGCUUUAGCUAUAAUUUGAUACAGUAAGGGGUUAGUCAGGUUAAGUAAUAAUGCUUUUGGAUAAUCCUGCAAAAAAUAAGAUUUAAAUCUGAACACUAAGAACAUGGGAAUUCAUGAUGUUGCCUGUGGAUUUUUUUUUUUUUUUUCGUACAGCUUGAAGGUAGUCAGGAAUUCUGUUAUAUAUGAAAGAAGCAUAUGACUGCUAAGAAAGUUAGCUUAUAUAUUGCCUAAAAUAAAAAUGGCAUGGCAAAAAACAAAAUGAGGGGGAAAUAGGAGGUGUACAAAGUGUACAAGUAGAAUUUUUUUUUUUUUUUUUAAGGUAAAGAGUAAAACUGUAAGUGCUGUUUUAAAAGCUGGGUUAGUUGAAAUUUAACAGAAGAGGAGUUAAGAUGGAUGAUGGUUCAUGUUUUCCUUCAAUGCCAUGUCUUCCAGUUUUGACUUGAUAAUCUAGUAGGAAAGGCCUGGGUUCCAUUUCAUAUUCUUCAUUAUUGAUUUUUUAGGGAGAUCAGUUGUAAACAUUAUUAGGUUAAGACUUGAGCACGAGGGAGGAGCUGUUUGCUCAUUCAUACAACCCAUGUCCAGUUUAUUCUCAAGCCUUUUGAAAGGUCUUGUAUUUUUUAUACAAACAAAGACGUUUUUACUUUUAACAGUGCUUCUCAAACUUGCAUUAAUGUGUGAAAAUGGUGAUUCUGAUUCAAUAGAUCUGUGGUGGAGCCUGAUGAUUCAUUUCUAAAAACAUCUAAUAUGACCCAUACAAAAUACUGAUGUCUACAGAUUACACUUGUAGUAGGCAGACUGAAGAAGCUUCAAGCUGUGAGUUUGGUUUUGAUAGCCCAAGUACAUUUAAGUCCUUAGAAUUAUUGCCACAAAAAAUAAAAGCUAGUCCUUUAAAAAAACUUUUUAAAUUUAUGAGUUAGAGACAGAGACUGGUCUUGAAUACAUCAGUUUAAACUUCAGAUUGUAAAAAAGAAUUCUGCCUCUUGAAGCCUUUUUAAUAUGGAAGAUUUAUGUUUUUAAGUAGGCAGGUAGUUAAGUAUUUGAUAUUACAAGGAAUCUCAUUAAGCAGUUUGAACAAUGAGUCUUACAGGUAUGUGUGGAUUGUGUUGUGGGUUUUUUUUAAUAUAAAGGUAAAUUUUAAAAUAUUCGAGAUGACAUUUUGUCUCUAAAUGAGUCUUGCCUUCUAAGUUAUGGGACUUCAUUAUUUUAUUCAUAAACAUUGAUAACAGACUACCCCUAAGAUUAAUUUGGCAGUAAAGCUAGCAACGCCAAAAUAAGUCAUGUGUGAUUGUACUGAUGAAGACCUCUGGAGGCUUUGCUGUACCGUGACAUGGUUGAAACUCCUAUUUCAUUGUAAAGUGCAGUUAGAAAGACAGUUGAAUAAUGACAUUCUCUGAAAAUGAGUUUUUCUUGGCAUUUUGUUAAAGCAUUGUAUUUCCCUCAUAUUUAAAUACUUUUUUUGGUAAGAGCUCCCCUCAUCCAAAGCACUUAAAAUAUAAUCAAAAUAUAAUCAGAAGUUAAGUAAUAUAUUAAUCAAAAUUUAUUGACUGCUUGAUCUGUAAAACAAAUCUGGGCUCGGUGGUUUCUGGUGGCCCAGUUAAUAUGUUACAUGCCAGGCUUUGUGUGUUGCCUUUUGAAAGCAUCCAUUAAAGUCUGAGUCACAUGGAUUUGAAGAUGUAUAGACACUUGGUGGAACAGCAGUCUCACAGAAUUAUUAGUGUUUAUUCAGUUCUUAUAAUAGAAUGUUAAAUUUUCCAAUGUGAUCUUAACCAUUUUUUCCCUUUAUAUACCAAGCCUUUCACCAAAAAAAAAAAAACAGUUAAAACCAAACAUGAAGUGCCAAGCUGUAAAUGCUUACUCCCCUGAAAUACACUGUUAGAAUACAAGAUAAUCUUUCUUUACCUGAGAGUACAAAAAAUUGAAGGCAGUAUUUAAAUUGAUGUCACAGUGAAGAAAAACCUACCUAGCUUUUGUCCUUAUUACAGAGUAAACAUUAUCUUUAGGCUAUAGCCUUCUGAUUUUUAAUUGUGGGUAAAAGUAAGCUUAUUAGACAACAAGCUUAUAUGCUGGUAGAGAUUGGUAUACUGGUAAAUGAUAAAAUUUUCAAGGAAAGACAUCAUUAGUUUUUAAAUGGAUAAAAUGCACAUAACUAUAAAGUUCACCUUCAAAAUAGUGUCGUGGAAUAUAGUGUAACAGUUACUAUGAUGCUUAAUUGAAAAAUAAUUAAAGAAUAUUUUUAUAGAAUGGGAACUUUGAAAUAGAAAAAUAGAACUAAGAACAGAAUCACUUUUAAAUACAAAAGCAAAGAUAGCAGUCUUAUCUAGUACAUUUUUAUAGAGCAGAGGAGGAUAAAUUACAGCCUGAUACCUUUUUUAAAAUAAAUACUAUUAGCUAAGAAUGGUUUUUACAUUUUCUAAAUGGCUGAAAAAAGUCAGAAAAAUAUUUGUGGCAUAUGAAAAUAUGAAGUUAAAAUUUUAAUGUCUGUAAAUAAGGUUUUAUUGGGAUACAACUGUGAUUUUUACAUUAAUUACCUUUGUUGGCUUUCCUGCUACACUGAGUUUAGUAGUCUGAGUGUAGUGGUCUGUAUUACCUAACAUUUACUGUCUGACCAUUAUAUAAAGUUGGCUGAUUCCUGUUGUAAAGGAUAGUUUUGUUCACACAUGGCAUGUUGUCAGUUUGGUUAUGUGCUUCCAGCUGGCAGAAAGGGGAUCUUUGCUUCCUUCCUUCAUUUCUGUUGCUGUUAUUCAAAUUUUACUUUAUAAAAUGGAUUGGAUUCCCCUGAUUCCAUUUAUGUCUUACUAUUGCUGAAAUACGCAAUAUUUUAAGAGAUAUUAGUACUUUUUAGGAGCACUUUUUCUUUUCCUUAAACUGUUAAGAUAAAUAUAAUCAGUGUGCUUGCCAUGGCUAUUCAUGGACCUCGAUGUGUCAGCGAACGGCAUCUGGCACUAACUGGUUAAGUCACAGUUUGCUUUCUGUGUUGGUGAGUAACUGGAUUAGUUUUAAUCUAAACACUACCUCCUGUGGAUAGACUUGACUAAUACGCACUUAGAGAAAGACAAGAGAAGCCAAAUCAUGUAUAAAAAUAUUACAUGUAUUAGCCCUGUAAUAUUUUUCUUCUCAUGACUUGAUAAACUUUCUAAGAGAGCUUAGUUUUGCAUUCAAAGUAUUUAUAUUUGGUAAGUCAAAUAAUUUAAGUUGAAACUUCACAGAAGUACCUGUUCAUUCUUCAGUUAACUGCACUAGUAGUCCGGAAAUAAGGGUGCAGUCCAUUUUAUCUGUAAUGCUUCAUACAAGGUUUGCAGCAGAUGGCCCUCUACUAAUAGAGCAUUUUCAGGUUCAUUAUGAAUGGGUUGAGGGAGGGAAAAAAAUCUUACGAUUCACAGUAAAACUUUUCAUGAACUAUUGAGAAUUGACUGUUAUCACUUGCCAAUUGAAACUGGAUGUUGAAAUAUUUUAAAGAAAUGCACUUUAAUCUGAAAUAAAACUAUAAAAACUAAA